CAUACAUAUGUGCAUAUAUAUCUUUUGUCCAUUUCAGCGUCUGGUUUGCCUCGCCAAUUCUUAGGAGCUAGCCAGCUAGCUGCAUACAUAUGUAGCCGUCCGGCUGACUGACCGCCUGCAUGGUUAGCCUGUUGUAUGGGAAAGGGAGGCGACGGUGCAUUUGUUACGUCGUGUCUCCUCGUUGUUGUUGAGGCACUUACUUACUGAGAGUGCUGCUUUUCGCCUGUUGCCAAUGGCCUUAGGUGACGCCAAUCAAUUUGGCUACUCUAUGUGUGUGUAUCAUUUUUGAGAAUAAUAGAAAAAUUUACUUGUGGAAAAGUCGAUUUUGUAGUUUUAAGUUUUCAAUACCCAAACAAGUGAGUAGAUCGGGGAAAGCAAGUUAUAUAGUUUUAAUGAGUUUCUUUUACUUGUUUUUGUUUAUAUAGAAAAAAAAAUAGUCAUUUAUGCUGCUUGGAAAAUAGUGAGCGUAGAUACAUAUGUAAAUAGAAUUAGUUGGGCAUUGUGUUUGAUGGUUGUUGAAGACUAAAAUAUUGGCGCGAAAAUUCCACCAAAUACGUUUUCUUAACGGUACCAAGUAUUGUGCUUAUCAACCGCAUCUUAAGAGAUUAUGUAAGAAAAAAUAUCGGCCACCAUCGAAGCGUCUUGUUAUACCUCGAAUGUCGCUAUUGGGAAAAUCCAUAAACUACACACGCGGUUCACAUCGGCGCGAUGCUCGCUACCGGCUCAUACAGGGACGUAUCUAUAAUUUUUUGGAGCGACCACGUGGAGUCUUUGCGAUCUCCUAUCACAUAAUGGUUUUUCUAUUGGUUUCCACAUGUUUAGUGUUAAGUAUCUUCACCACAAUUCCCGUCUAUGAACAUGAGGCUGCAUUCUCAUUGUACCGCAUGGAGGUUUUGGUGGUGCUUUGGUUAACGCUGGAAUUCAUUGUGCGUCUCUGGGCGGCGGGUGUACGGUCGCGUUAUCAGGGUCUGCUGGGUCGUUUUAAAUUUAUGACAUCCACAUUUUGCUUAAUAGACCUUAUAACCAUUGCCGCUUCCGCUGCAGCUCUGGCGCAGGGCGCACCACGCCGAGUUUUUGCCACUAGCACUUUGCGUGCCUUGAGAUUCUUUCAAAUUUUACGCAUGUUGCGUAUGGAUCGACGUGGUGGUAGCUGGAAACUUUUGGGUAGUGUGGUCUAUGCGCACAGGCAGGAACUAAUCACCUCGGUUUAUAUUGGAUUUCUCGGCUUAACGUUUUCCGCUUUCCUAGUUUACUUAGUCGAGCGGGAAGUUAAUGAGCAAUUUAGUAAUUUCGCGAAAGCUAUGUGGUGGGGUGUGAUAACAAUGUGCACUAUUGGUUAUGGUGAUGCCGUGCCCGUAACUUGGCAGGGUAAAGUUAUAGGCGCAAUCGUCACGUUGUUGAGUUACUCAUUCUUUGCAUUACCUGCGGGCAUCUUGGGUAGCGGUUUCGCCUUGAAAGUUCAACAACAGCAGCGUCAAAAGCAUAUGAUUAGUCGUUAUCAGCCAGCGGCUACAUUAAUACAAUCCGCCUGGCGUUAUUAUGCAGCAGAUGAGAAUUCCACAGCGGUGGCCACAUGGAAGAUACACGAAAUACCUAUACAGCUGCCCAGUCCAACUAGCUCCUUUAAAGUUCAGAGCCCUUUACGCCGUUUGCCCAGUCGCCGUCGUCGCAGUCAAACUAUUCACUCUCCAGCGGAUAUUUUACACAUUGAAUCGGCCAAAUCGGGUCGUUAUCUCUCGGUUUUCAACGACAAAACUCCGGAAAGUCAAGAUGAAGAUUAUACACCCAAGCAUAAUACGCUUAUGAAGAAGCAUAAAAUUGCUAUCAGAUUUAUUAGAAUGCUCAAGUUUAUGGUCGCUCGUCGUAAGUUCAAGGAAGCGCUGAAACCCUAUGAUGUAAAGGAUGUUCUGGAACAAUAUGCAGCGGGUCAUGCUGAUCUUUUGAUGCGUGUAAAAAAUAUACAUGCGAGAUUGGAUCUCAUUUUGGGCGGUAAGCGUGCUCCAAAAAUCAAAGAUGCUUCGAAGAUCUGCCUGGCUUCUAGAGUAGUAAAGAUGGAACGACAAGUCAACGAUAUUGAGGACAAAUUAGAUCUCUUCAUCCGACAAUAUAUGGAAGAUCGUCGUCGAAAAGUGUGCGAAAAUGAAGAAGAGUCCAACUUGACGCCCAUACUCGAAGCAGUCAAUACAGAGGCGAUUAAUAAAAGAGAAAAAGAAAAUAUCUCAGCAGCCGUUAAGGAAGCAAAAAGUGUCAACAGAACAAGCCUGCCCACGAUCGUCUAUCAGCCUCACCUGCCGGCGAAUAUAAGUUAUCCGCCGCAUCGUGAUCUGAAAUUACCGCUGCCACAACAGAGGCCCGACAGUGCAAUAAUUUUCAUAGAUGAUUUGGGCAAAGUGGACGAAGGUGAUAUAUUCAAUGACGACGAUGAGGAGUUCAGCGACGGCAUGUAUGCAUCAGUGGAGGCGUAUUUGGGUUGGACGUGAGGAGGGAGUGCAGAAUUGUUUACUCACUUUUUUUUAGUGCCAUUAAGAACUUAAGUGCCUUAAAGCAGUUGUGAAGGUAUCUAAUACUAAGAU